CGAGAAAGAAGAGGCGCUUGUUUCCGACACUGUGAGAGCCCGCCGGUGUAGCACGCCCCCCAUUCACUCUCUCUGGCGCUCUGUCAUCCGCCGGGUUGAGCGACUGAAGCUGCCUGGGAGAGAAACAGCGAGGAGGGGAGAGGAAACGGAGCGAUAUGGCGAGCAUCAACAUGGGGCCGAGACCGCUGCUGCUGCUGGAGCUGGCGUGGGCUCUCCUGGCCCUCCAAGCGGUUUACGUCCGAUGUCUUAACGGCGAUGAGGACCAGAGCCAGGACACCGAGUGCAAGAUGAAGAGCGUCACCGUGUCGGCGCUGCCGUUUUUAAGAGAAAACGACCUGAGCAUCAUGCACAGUCCCUCGGCCUCCGAGCCCAAGCUUCUGUUCUCUGUUAGAAACGAUUUUCCCGGGGACGUGGUGGUGGUGGACGACCUGGAAAACACUGAGCUCCCCUUUUUCGUCUUAGAAAUCUCUGGGAACUCGGAGGACAUCCCUCUAGUGCGCUGGAGGCAGCAGUGGCUGGAGAAUGGCACUCUACUCUUCCACAUCCAUCACCAAGACGGCAGCCUGAGCCUCCCAGAACCGACCGAGGAUCCAGCCAAUGUCUCUACGAAGGAGGAGCUCCGCAUCCUGCACAUCUCUGUGAUGGGCGGGAUGAUUGCCCUUCUGCUGUCCAUCCUCUGCCUGGUCCUGAUCCUCUACACUCGCAGGCGCUGGUGUAAACGCCGCCGCAUCCCUCAGCCCCAGAAGAGCGCGAGCGCCGAGGCGGCUAAUGAGAUCCACUACAUCCCAUCAGUGCUGAUGGGAGGCCAGGCACGCGAGAGCUUGAGGAACUCGCGGGGUCAGGGUCCAAACUCCAGCGGUACCCUCAGUAUCCGGGAGACACCGAUUUUGGAUGGGUACAAGCAGGGUUUGGAUGUGGGAUGGUAUGAGUAUGACAUUACCGACCUGCGUCACCAUCUGCAGCGGGAGUGCAUGAAUGGUGGGGAGGAAUUUGCCAGCCAAGUCACCCGUACCCUGGACUCGCUCCAGGGCUGUAAUGACAAGAAUAAUAUGGACCUCGCACCUGUGAGUGACAACACCAAGUUGGCGCUAAUGAACAAAUACAAGGACAACAUCAUUGCCACGAGUCCCAUCGAUAGCAACCACCAGCAGAACACCCUGCUUCCCCACAAUACCUCCACCAGCCAACGCAAACGUCUCUCCAGCAACACCCGUGCGGGUUCAACAUUCUUGAACCCAGACGGGGACUCUGGGACGGAGGCAGACAGCGAGCCUCAGCUGGCCUUUUACACCGACCCAAACCGCAGUCGCCGCCGGAGUCGAGGUAUGAGAAACGGUAAUGCCAACAGCGCGUGGGGCUCAGGGGCAGCAGGUUCCCCACGGAGCCCCAUCAAUAAGACCACCCUGACUCUGAUCAGUGUCAUCAGCUGCGUGAUUGGCCUGGUUUACUCCUCUCACCUCUCCUGCAGCCUCUCAGUCCGGGUAAUCUUACAUGUUCCGGAGCACCUCAUUGCUGAUGGGUCAAGGUUCAUUUUGCUCCAGGGGAGCCAGUUGGAUGCUUCAGACUGGCUCAACCCAGCCCAGAUCUUGUUGUACUAUCAGCAGAAUGCCAGCGGGCCCUGGGUCAAUGAGCUGUGUGGACGACGCCUCCUGGAUCCCUGCGAGCAUCAGUGUGACCCCGAGACAGGAGAGUGCCUUUGCUUAGACGGCUACAUGAAGGACCCGGUCCACAAGCACCUCUGCAUCCGCAGUGAGUGGGGGCCCAAUCAGGGUCCCUGGCCUUACACCAUCUUCCAGCGCGGUUUUGAUCUUGUGAUGGGAGAACAACCCUCUGAUCGCAUUUUCAGAUUCACGUACACCCUAGGAGAAGGAAUGUGGCUGCCAUUAAGUAAAAGCUUUGUCAUCCCCCCUGCUGAGCUCGCCAUCAACCCAUCAGCCAAAUGCAAGACAGACAUGACAGUCAUGGAGGAUGCGGUAGAUGUAAGAGAGGAGUUGAUGAUCAGUUCAUCGUUUGACUCUUUGGAGGUUCUCCUGGACUCUUUUGGACCUGUCAGAGACUGCACCAAAGACAACGGUGGCUGCAGUCGCAAUUUCCGCUGUAUAUCAGACCGCAAGCUUGAUUCCACUGGAUGUGUGUGCCCCCCAGGACUCAGUCCUAUGAAGGAUGGCACCGGGUGCUAUGACCACCACAUCGGCAUCGACUGCUCUGACGGUUUCAAUGGAGGAUGUGAGCAGCUGUGUCUCCAGCAGCUGGCCCCUCUAGAGGAUGACCCGACACUCUACAACAUCCAGAUGUUCUGUGGGUGCAUCGAAGACUACAAACGCGGUCCAGAUGGGAGGUCGUGCCUGCCACUGUCUGAGGCUUGCACUGAGGGAAUAGACUGUGGAGAGGUGCUUGAUAUCCCUGCCAACCAGACGGUGUUUGGGGACCUUUUCUACGGAUACAACAACCACACCAAAGAGAGCACCUCUGGACAGAUCCUCAAGGCCACAUUCAGGCAGAAGAACUUUGCCCGAGGCAUCGAACAGCAGCUCCCAGAUGGCAUGGUGGUGGCAUCGGUGCCAACGCAGGCUCAAUGCCACGAGGAGCUGUCAGACCCUGUGCCCGACCCAGAAUACCUCACAGGUAUGGUGAACUACAGCGAGGUGUCUGGUUAUCCGCUCGUUCAGCACUGGAAUCUUCGCUCUGUGCUCUAUCACGUCAAACUCAAUCAAUGGGUCCUCUCUCAAGCCUUCAGCUCCGCAAUUCAUUCUCUGGAUGGAGCCACACAGCGGAGCGACUUUGUCUCCAUCCUCAGGGAGUUUGGGAACCACUACGUGCAGGAGGCAGUGUAUGGCUUCCAGGAGUCCUGUACCAUCUGGUACCCCAACAAACAGGUACAGAGGCAGCUGUGGUUGGAGUACCAGGACAUAAGCAAAGGUAACUCACCUUCAGAGGAGUCCGAGGAGCGCGACAAGGAGCCCCGGACGCUGACCUACCCUGCGUACAUUGCCAGUCUGCUGGACAGUGGAGCAAAGCGCAUGGCAGCCGGAGUCCGCAUGGACUGCAGCAGCCAAGGCCAGUGCCCACGCUCCUGCCACCUCUGCCACAUGAGCCCAAGGGCAGCACAAGGGCGGCAGCAGUCUGAGCCGGUCCUGCUGCAGAUUACCAAGGCUACACCUAUUUAUGAGCUGGUAUCCAACAAUGAAACCUACCAGGCUCUUCAGGAGGCAAUGAUGAGCAUGCUGUGGUGCUCAGGAAAAGGCGAUGUUAUCGAUGACUGGUGUCGAUGUGAUUCCAGCGCUUUUGGCACAGACGGACUGCCCACCUGCGCCCCACUUCCUCAGCCCAUGCUUAAACUGUCUUACGCCUACGAACCCAGCAGCUCAUUGGUCAUCAUGGAGUGGAACCACACGGAGCCCCCAAUCGGUGUGAGGAUUGUUGAUUACCUCAUCAGCCAGGAGAAGGUGACAGAGAGAACCGACCACUCUAAAGUUGAGACAGAAACCCUUUUAAGCUUUGUGGAUGACAUCUUGUCUGGAGCCAGGUCUCCAUGUGUGAUGUUAGGUGACAUCCCUGACCUACUGUCCUCUUCCAUCAGUAUGAUUAUUCGCUGCCUGGAGCCCGACACCACAUACAUGUUCCGGCUAUGGGCAGUAGACAACACGGGGCGCCGUUCGACUCCAAGUGAAGUCACCAUCAAAACUCCAUGUCCAACUGUGGAUGAUGUCAAAGCACAAGAAAUUGCAGAUAAGAUAUAUAACCUGUUUAACGGCUACACCAGUGGGAAGGAGCAGCAGACAGCUUACAACACUCUGAUGGACCUGGGCGCUCCUACACUGCACCGUGUGCUUUACCACUACAACCAGCGCUACGAGAGCUUUGGCGAAUUCACCUGGAGGUGUGAGGACGAGUUGGGACCCAGGAAGGCUGGCCUCAUCCUCUCGCAGCUCGAUGAGCUCUCCCCAUGGUGUAAGGGUCUCCUUCAGGAGCCAAAGAUUGGUCUUCGCAGGAUGUCCCUCAAGUUCCUGUCCUGCCGUUACACAGACACCAAGGUCUUUGGGCUUAACUGGUCAGACAUGGGCCAGGAUGUACAAAAGGCAUGUGAUGAGCAGACGCUCACUGUCAUGUAUAACGACUACGGCGAGCCCAGGGAGCUCUGAAGGUUUCAGAUUUGAUUUAAACGACAAGUUUACUAUUGCAAAUUGCAGUAUUUGUAUUUGUUGUCUCAAAUGCUCCACAUUAUUUGAAAAAGCCAUUAACUUUUUUAACUUAAAUGGCUCCUGAACUAAACAUAUUUAAUGUAUUACGGUAUCCAGUGGUCUCUAAAGUCAGCUCUAAAGAUCAGCUAAGAAAAAGGUCCUAAAUUAAUCCACUUUUCUUUACUGUUCUUUGUUAGACCUUAAAGACUGUUCCUCCCUUUGAGUUAGUAAACAUAAUGCAGUCGUUGCUGCUUUCUUCUUGAAGUUGAUCAAUUCUCACUGGUCAUUCUUCACUGCAUAUAAGACUAUGUUGUAAUAAGUGUUUUCUUUACUAUACAUUGUGAUCUUAUGGCCUGAAGCAUCAUUUUACGUGAAGUGGAUAAUUUAGCAUCAACACAAGCUUUAUAUUCAAAUCAAGGCCGGUGUGCAUAGUCGGCAUUCAUCAUGAAAUAUUGUGAAGGAGGAAUGUAUGGACCAACAAAAAAAGAAGGCAUCAAAAUCCACACAACUCCAGCUCUCAGAUCCAACUAACCCCAGGGUUAUCCAGAUUGAAUCAUUUGAGUGUAGGACGGCAGGCGAUGAUGGUGUAAAUGAUACUUACUUUUGUUUUGUUUGGUCAUGGCUCAUAGAUUUGGAAUUAAAAAAGACGAUUUGUUUUUUUCGGGCAGCACGGU